CUCUAAUGUUACUAAACUUUACAGGCCCCAUCCCGGGCGCCAUUCCUUUUUGACGUUUUAUGUUUUGGAGAGAGCGUUAUUGUGAUUGAAAAGACUAUAGACCAUUGGGUUCUUUUAUGAAAAAGAAACCACGUCCUGGGAAACGGGGAGACAGGACAAGGACAAGGUGGGACCGGGACACGGACAGGGCAAAAAAAAAAAAAAAAAAAAAAAAAAAAAAAAGGAUCGUUAUGACGGCUGGGAAAAUGGGAAUAAACGGGGGGAUGGUGCAUCACGGACGAAUUGAUGAUUGUCACUCGCUUGCUGCUUUUUUUUGGUUUACACUACACUACUUUUUGUGGUUGGCUGGGGAGGAGAGUCGGGAAUACACGAUACGGCUAGCAUUUCUGGCGUUUUUAUUUUUUGUUGAACUGAGGUUUUCUGUGUCUUCGUGGCUUUAUACCCAGACCUCUUUUUAUUUUUUAUUUAUAUUUUAUAUUUUUUAAUAUUUUAUAUAUAUAUAUAUAUUUUGCUUUGCUUUCCUUUUUGGUGCUCGUGCUUCUGCUGCCCCAUGGAUCGGGACAAA